UAUACACGUUUGGCGAGUUGAAUUUUACGGAUUGAGUUUUAAUGUAUUAGACCUAAUAGAUAGAGAGUAGACAGAGAACGACUGCAUCGGUAACCUCCCACCGAUAGCGACGCCGAUUCUCCGUACCGCUCGCAAUGUGAAUUUAGAGUAUAGAGUAUAGUACCUAACUAAGGUAGUGGCAUAAAAUAUUGGUGGGUCACCGGGUAGCGUUUUUACUAAAUGUAACCCGUCACAGCACAAGACACGCCCCCAACAACGUCACCCGAACGUAUAACCCCAACACAUCGAGUGAAAAUAUAACCGAUUACAACUCACCAUGUAAUCAGCUCAGCCAAUGUGGGCGCAAUAUAAAAUGAAGACAUGAGUUGAUAAAGGUGCUAUGUCCAUUUUUUUCAAAAAAUGACUUAUUUGUAUAUUUGGUUACCUAAAGUCGUAAUACAACCCCUGAAUAACUCAAGAUUCUUAAAUUGUUAAUAAUAAGGAUUAUUUUAAUUGAUAAAGGUACUAUGUCCUAUGACUAAGUACCCUUUUUAAUUAGAUAAAGGUGCUAUGUCCAUAUUUAAAGCACCUUUAUCCACUAGAUAGUGGGAAAGUUUUAUUUACAUGGUAGGUGCCAUGUGACAUUUUAAGGUUAUGUUUGUUGUUUAUCACAUCGUUCAACAUGGGGUCGAGAAGUAAAAGAAUGUUAGAAUUAGUAAAAAACAAGAAAAUAUGUGUUUUAAAUAAAGGUAAGUCCGAAUAGAGAAUUUUUUUGUAGAUAGAAACUGUAUUUUGUACUUCCUUAGAGGUCAAUACCAAUGCGGUGAUUUUGCAGCCAAGCACUAGUGGGCUUCAAAAGAAGGUUAACUCUAAAGCAGACUAUAUGGAUAAUUGUACUGAUGAAAGUGUUAUAUCAGGCAGCGAAUAUUCCCCUUCCAGUGAAGAAGAUUCAGAAGAGGAUUCUGAUAACUCAAAUAUUUCUUAUUCGACGAGUCUCAUAAACAAAUAUCCGGAUGUUGAUAGAGUCAAACGUAAAAUGUUUCCGGAUAACCAAAAAAUUAAAAAGGUUCCGACAAGCAGCAGGGAAACCCCGGAUAGGAUUGACGUCAUUGACGAAGUGCAGGAGGAAAUACCUCGGGAAAUACGUAUAGAAGACCAUAACCAGCAAUUCCAUGUUACUGCCGAUGGAAUAAGUAAAAGAGAAAUUGUUAAACCAGUUUUAAAAAUAACUAAAAAAAGAGUCCGGAAACCUGAUAAUUGGAAACGAAAUAAAGCGGCAAAGUUAAGACAACAAGGUAAAGAAUAUAUUUCUCAAAAGACUGGUAAAGUGAUGGAAGCAAAAACAAUUAAAAGAGAUUUUCUGUGUAAAGAAAAAUGUAGAAUAAACUGUACUGAGAAAUUUAGUAUUGCAAGCAGAGAAGAAAUUCUAAGAAAAUUUUAUAAGCUAGAUACAAAUUCCAAAAAUAUUUUAAUUUUUAAAAGUAUUAAGAUGCAGGAAGUUAAUCGUCACCGCCCUCGUAAAAAUAUAAAAACGAAAGCUUACAGCUUUAAAUAUUUUAUUACGUGUGAUAAAGAAAAUACACUAGUGUGUAAAGAUGCUUUCUGCUGUUUAUACCGAAUUGGACGAAAAAAAGUCUUUAAAGCUCAAAAUGACUUAAAAUCUGGCCAGGUAAUGCCCUCACCACAUAAGCAAGGGCAUCACAAAAAUCCAAAAAAAAUAUCCGAUGAAGUAAUAAACUGCAUUGAAAAUCAUAUCAAGCAGUUUCCUUCAGAAGAAUCACAUUAUUCUAGGACUAAAAACCCACAUAAAAAAUACCUUUCCCCUUUACUAAAUAUUAACCGACUUCAUCAACUGUAUAUAGAGGAUUGUCAAACAAAAAAGCUCGAAACUAAAUAUUUCGUAAAGGCCUCUUUUUACAGACAUAUAUUUGAAACAAGGUUUAACUUAUCUUUUGGUGUACCAAAAAGUGAUACUUGCAGUUUAUGCGAUGCUGGAGAGAACUCUUUAGAGCACUCGAAUAAUUUUCAACUUGCUUUUGCGCAGCAGAAAGUUGACCGCGAAGCAGUAAAAAUGUCCAAAGAAAAAUGUUACAUAACAAUGGAUCUUCAACAAACGUUGCCUUUGCCAAAGCUAUCAACGUCAAAAUCUUUUUAUUUAAGACAAAUGUGGCUAUACAACUUUGGAGUCCACUGUUUAACCAGUUCUGGUCAUAAGUCCUAUUUUUUUACAUGGACUGAGGAUAUUGCCAAUAGGGGAAGUAAUGAAAUAGCAAGUUGUUUGCUACGAUUUUGUCUGCUUCUUAAAGAAGAAAAUCCCCAAAUUGAUCAUUUAAUAAUUUGGUCAGAUCAAUGUGGGGGACAAAACAAAAACUUCUCCAUUAUUAACCUUUUUCAAUACCUAAUAUUAAAUAAAAUAUUUAAGAUCAUUGACCAUAAAUUUCCCGAAGUUGGUCACAGUUACCUUGACUCUGACAGAGACUUUGGAAGAAUAGAAAAGGUUCUUAGAAAACAUCAGAAUAUUUAUAUACCAGACCAAUAUCGGGAAAUUAUUAGAUCUGCGAGUACCAAACAAAGUGUAUGCCUUAACAUGGAACAUUUUUUUUAUUGCUUUGAAACUCUACCUGCAAAACUUCAUUUAAACAAAAGACUCACUAAUAGUCUUGACCAAAAAAUAAAUUUUCGAGAUAAAGUGAAGUGGCUAAGAGUAAGUUGUUUUGGAAAAUACUUUUACAAAACUAGUUUAGAUCCGUUUACCCCAUUUAUGGAAGUUGACUUACAAAAAAAAAAGAGAACUGAUAGUACAAAGUAAUCAAGUUGUUUUACAAAAGUUACCUAAAUGCGGUGGUUUGACUUCUGAAAAAAUUUCAAAUCUACAAGAUCAACUUAAGUUUAUUCCAGCAGAGUAUAAAUGGUAUUAUGAUAUUGUUUUAGAAGAAUGUUUGAAAAACCCUAAGAAAAAACGUAAUUCAUGUUAAAUUUAAAUGUUUCUGUGUCUUUGUUUAUAAAUUUUUAAUGUAUCUUACUUUGCUUUUGUUAAUCUGCAAAUAAAAUUUAAUUUCC